AUAAUGUUGUAUAACUUUGUUAUUCUGAUGAUGACAGAGCAGAAAUCAAUCAGGUAUUCAACGUUUGUGAUUAUGCUCACUGCUCAGUCUGAACUUUGAUUUCUGUUCUUACCUGUAGUUAAAGAGUUACGAGGUUAUUUCGACUGUAGCUGCUGUGUUGUGUAGUUGUUGACUGUAAUGAAAAUGUGUUCAUCGAACAGGUUUUCUUCACAAACUACAACAAUAUAAUCAGCAUUCACUCUGUAAUUGAAUUGUGUGAACAAUAAUUUAACUAUAACAUUACAUGAUUCUUGUAAAGUGUGACAUGACCAUAUGUGAUGAAUUCUGCAGAUGGGUGUUGGUGGGUCAGACUGAGUCUAAAGUCCAGCCACGAUUGUUAUUCAUACUCCGCCCCUGAUGUCUGAUAAGGGUUGGUUAUAAAGUCUGAAUGUGCAGUAACUUUGUGCUCAGACCUGAGAGUUUCAUGGUUCCUUCAACAACAGUAAAGUUGAAAUUUAUCGACACCAUGGCCUCAUCUGAUAAUGAUACCAUAGAGACUGCAGCCCUGGGAAGACCGUUCCAGCUCGGCAUGCUGUAUGACUCUCGGAAGGAUGUUCUUAUUCCAGGCGUAACUCUGUGGGAUCUUGAUCAGCUACAAAAUAAUACAAGUGUACAAACUCAACAUAACACUGAAUUUAAUGUCACCACAUCAGAUUCGAUUGAGGAGAAGUCAAAUUUAUUAAAGAUCUCUGGCUCUCUGAAGUUGAGUCUCUUGGGAGGACUGGUGAAUGUGGGAGGAUCAGCAAAAUAUUUCCAAGACACAAAGAAAUCUCACAAACAAGCCAGGAUGACUCUUCAGUACAAAACGACAACAAAGUUUGAAACAUUAACGAUGUCUCACCUGGCUCAUGGACAGGUAUCUCAUCCCAAUGUGUUUGAGGACAACACAGCCACUCAUGUUGUCACAGCCAUCUUGUACGGAGCUGGUGCUUACUUUGUGUUUGACAGAGAAUCAUCCUCAGAGGAGGAUAAGAAACAAGUGGAGGGGGAGGCGAACCUCACAUUCAAUAAACUGAAAUUCCUCACAGCAAAUGCUGAGGCAUCACUCAACAUGAACGAAGAAGAGAAAGCAGCAGUUGAAAAAUUUAGCUGCACAUUUCAUGGAGACUUCAAGUUACCUUCCAACCCAACGUCCUUCAGUGACGCUGUGAGUGUUUACAGAAACCUUCCCAACAUGCUGGGAGAGAAUGGAGAACAUGCUGUGCCACUCAGGGUGUGGCUCUACCCUCUGGUGAGGUUGGAUUCAAGAGCAGCAAGACUCCAAAGAGACAUCAGCAAUGCUCUCAUCAGAAACUCAUCAGAAACAAUCGAGAUUCUAAACCAGACAGAGAUGAGAUGCAGUGACAUACUGAAAGACACCACAGCAACAACAUUUCCUGCCGUGGAAAAGAAGGUUCAGGAUUUGAUGCAGAUGUGCAAACAGUACAAGCUUGACUUCAUGCAGAAGCUCGGGUCAGUCCUUCCUUCAAUCCGAGGGGGUGGGAAAGAGGAGAGUACCCUGGAGGACAUCCUUAAGGCACAUGAGAAGUCACCAUUCAAUAGCAAAGACAUGGAUCAGUGGCUAAAAACCAAAGGGAGGGAAUCAGAUACACUGAAAUCCUUUAUGAAGCGACUGGAGAAACUAGGUGUGAAGAUGGACGACAAGCUGGAUGACCUCUUGUCUGAUUUAGAUGUCAGAAAUGUGGUGUGCUUUGCAUUUACUUCAGUAGACCAGCCUGAUAGUUUCCUGGUCAAACUGUCUAAUCAUCUGAAACCAGCAGGAAUGGUGGACACUGCUGGAGAAUCCUCUGAUCUACAGACCAGAAACAAAGAGUGGCUCUCCACUGAAACCAGACAGACAAUGAGGACACAACUACAACUGUUUGAGGAACUGAAGAAGUUGAGCUCCAGUGAUGACACCAAAUUCAUAUCUGCAUCAAAAUACGAUGGAAGUCAUCCUGGGGCAUGUAUUUUCAUAUAUGAAGAAGGGUCUGAUGAACCAGUCUGCUUUGUUCCUCCAUCAAAACCUUCCAGCCCAACAGCUACUGCUGUUUCACAUGACAGCAUAACAGUGAGAGUGUCUGAACCAGCCUCUGCCACUGUAGAGAACAGAGUAGAAUACAGAAUCAAACAGAAACAGGACCCUCAGUGGGCAUCCCAACCACUGAAGAAGGACCAGGCAGUAACUCUGUCAGGACUCAAGCCAGACACUGAGUAUGAGAUCAGAGCCACAGCUGUGGGCAAACUCAGCUACGCUGUCAGCAGCGAUGUCUGCAGUGCUGUAACCUUCACAGCGGCUGGUCCACCAACUCAGGUAAAAGACACUGAAGUGAAAGCAAACUCUAUCACUCUGACAUGGAGCAUCCCGUCUGUUCAAAAGUGUGAAUCUGUUAAAGGAUACAUCAUUGAGUUCAAGGAAGAGAAGAGCAAUGAAUGGCAGAGCAAAAAGACAGGGACAGAGGUGUACACAUUCACUCUGAACAACCUGAAACAGGAUACGAUCUACUCCAUCAGGAUGUGCACAGAUGUUGGUGUUGGAGUCAGUCUCCCUGGUGAAGAACUCAAGAUUAAAACUAAGAAAGAAGCACUGGAUAAAAAGGAGUUCACUGUGCUCCCAGGUGAUCCACCAGUCUACCUACUUAAUCUGAAACCAGCAGGAGUUCGUCAGUUCAACAAAAAGGUUUUUGGAAAGGCACCAACCAAAAAUGCAUCAAACAAAACCAUCAUGGUUGUUGGAGCCACUGGAUCUGGCAAGACCACCCUCAUCAACGGCAUGAUCAACUACAUUCUAGGAGUCGACUGGGAUGACAACUGGAGAUUUAAACUGAUAAAUGAAGAAAUUAACAAAACACAAGCAUGCAGUCAGACCUCAGAGGUGACAGCCUAUCAGAUUUACCACACAGACGGUUUCCAAGUUCCUUACUCCCUCACAAUCAUCGACACUCCAGGGUUUGGAGACACGAGAGGAAUCAAACAAGACAAAGAAAUCACAGAGAAAAUCAGAGAGUUUUUCUCAGUUAGGGGUGGAAUUGACAGCAUUGACGCAGUGUGCUUUGUGGUACAGUCUGCUUUAGCCCGUCUGACACCCACACAGAGAUACAUCUUUGAUGCCAUCCUCUCCAUUUUUGGGAAGGACAUUGCCAGCAACAUCAUGGCUCUGGUCACCUUUGCUGAUGGCAAAUCGCCCCCAGUCCUGGACGCAAUCAAAGCUGCAGAGAUACCAUGUGCUAGAAACCCAGAUGGGUCUAUUCUCCAUUUCAAAUUCAACAACUCUGUGGUCUUUGCAAAAAAUACAGGAGCCAAAAAUGAUGAGGACAACUUUGAUCAAAUGUUCUGGAAAAUGGGGAAAGUCAGCAUGAAGACAUUCUUCACUCAUCUAACCACCAUGCAACCCCAGAGUCUGACCCUGACAAAGGAGGUUCUCCAAGAGCGUAAACAGCUUGAGGCGACUGUUCAAGGGGUGCAGCCAAUGAUAAGAAAAGGUUUGUCAAAAUUGGAGGAAAUAAACAACACGAAAGCUGCACUCCAAAACCAUGAGACCCACAUGAAGGAGAAUGAGGACUUUGAAUAUGAAGUAGAAAUUGACCAAUCUGAGAAGAUUGAUAUUGAACCAGGAAAAUUUGUCACCAACUGCCAUGGGUGCAACUACACCUGCCAUUAUCCUUGUCAGAUACCAAGAGAUGAGGAUAAAGAUGGGUGUGCUGCAAUGGAAAAUGGAAACUGCACAGUGUGCACAGGAAAGUGUGUAUGGACUGACCAUUUCAACAUGACGUACCGAUGGGACACAAAACGUGUAACAGAGAAGAGGACGUAUCAGGAACUGAAGAGCGAAUAUGAGGCAGCGCUGGGAAAGAAGAUGACUACAGAGAAAAUCAUCAAACAACUGGAAGUAGAAUAUGAGCAGGUGCAGGGGAAAGUUGUACAAACCAUGGGAACGUUAACUACAUGCCUGAAACGUCUGAGACAGAUUGCACUUCGUUCAGAUCCUUUGUCUACUCCAGAUUACAUUGAUCUCCUGAUACAGACAGAGGAACAUGAGGCCAAACCUGGAUUUAAGCAGCGUAUUAAAGAGUUACAGAGUGUAAGAGAGGGAGCAGUUCUUUUGAAGAAGGUGGUAGAGGGAAUCGAUCUCACUGGAAAAGAAAAGUCACGACUGGAGAAGAUGAAGUCCAAUGUCAAGGGGAUAUUCAACAAUGUGAGCAGUUGGUUCAGUAGUUGAUACCUUCUGAAACCAGAUCAUGUGAAACAAUCACCAGUAGACAGAGUUCAUCAGUGUCUCUGUAGUAGAUAACAGUAAUUUUAGCUCCUCUAUGUAAAGCCCUGUUAGCUGUGCUUGCUAAUAAGAUAAGUCUCAAAGUCUUUAAACAUUAUGAGUUUCAUCACAUGACCAUUUUAUUUUCUUGAAUUUAUAUGUUAAUGGGAAGAUAAAUAUAAAACACAGCAAUGAAACUUACCUGAUGAUUUACUUUGUUAUUUUCUUCUUCAGUUUCAUUAUUAGAUUUUUAGAUGUUAACACACCUUCUCAUUCUUUAACUGGAAGAUUAAUUCAUGCAUUUUAUCUCAUAAAGUAUAAGAGUGAAAUUAAAUAAAUAAUUAUGUAUUUGUUUUUGGAUAGGAUCAUUAUAUGGUUGUAAUUAUGUUGAUGUUAAUCAUGUCAUCAGUUUAUCAUUUCUAUCCAAAUGUAUUAUUCUGCCAUACAUCACUGUCAUAUUUUAAUGUUAGUUUUUUUCUAUAAAUUUUCUUCGUCCAAUCCACCAAUAACUCAGACAAUGAUUUUUUUAAUGAAAGUGUGUUCAUGUAAGUUUCAAUGAAGUUUUAAAACUCGUUUGUGAAUGAACAUCAUGCUCGAGCUGCUUCUGUUGAACCUGAGUGUUAAUGUCCAUCAGCUCUUUGUGGGACUCUGGUUGGAUUUUACCUGUAGAUGCAGAUAUCUAAAGAAAAGGACUAAUAACAUAUGGACACAGAGUUAAUGAUGAGUUAUCACUGUGUGUUGUGACUUGCACUGCUGGACUGAAGGCAAUCAUGUGAUUUAUGCUAAAUGAAAAAUUAAUAAAAAAUGUCUGGAAGUGAUCAUCACCUCUGGAUCCUCUGAGACA